AUGGCAGACACGUCUCAAAAGCCCGAUAAAGCUACUAGUGCAGCGCAAGCUCGUCAGGUUAUUGAUGUUUUUCAUGAGAUUUCUACGUUACUUAAUGCAGAACUCGAUCGUGGAACCUUGAGUAUUUGUAUAAGUCUUAUUGAGAAUGGGGUUAAUCCGGAAGCGCUCGCUACAGUCGUCAGGGAACUGAGAAAAGACGCAGAUGAAGUAAGAAGACAGAUUGCUCAGGGGGUUGUCCAGGAUGGCGAAUAA